ACCCAAGUACAUUAACCAUCCAGAUACUACGUUAUAUUGAGAACACCCACACUUUUAUCUACUGAUAUACCUGUGCCCACCGUCAUACGUCAGGUUGCUAUCCUCGAUAGUCUGAAAACUCCCAUCCUUACUCUUCAUAAUCUGUCGCAAUCCACCAACUGUCAAUAAUACUAGGCGCUGCGCUAUACUCAAAUUCUACAGGUCGCAAGUAAUCACUGUCAUCAUGAAGCUUCUGCCAUUGGCCGUGGUAGUUGCCUCCGCCCUUCCUUCAGCCCUAUCCUGGGGCGCAGCUGGCCAUGAGAUGGUUGCAACCAUAGCACAAAUACAUCUUUUCCCAUCGACAAGGGCAAAGUUAUGCAGUAUUCUUCCCGAGGAAGCCAACUGUCACCUAGCACCGGUAGCUGCUUGGGCCGACAUUGUGCGGAACAGGUAUCGUGGAACAGCUCCUAUGCAUUAUAUCAAUGCAAGAAACGAUCAUCCCCAGGACCACUGCGAAUUUGGUCAGCAUGGAUGGCAGAACGAAGAUGUCAAUGUGAUUACAGCUAUCCAAAAUUUCACUAGGCUCAUAAUGGACGGGAAGGGCGGAAAAGACGUGGAUAUUCCAUUGCGAUUUUUGGUUCAUUUCAUUGGAGACUCUCACCAACCGUUACAUCUCGCAGGAAGGGAUAAGGGCGGAAACGGAGCCAAGUUCUUAUUUGAAGGAAGAGAAAGGAACUUGCAUUCUGUGUGGGAUUCAGGAAUCAUCACCAAGAACAUCCGCGAAUUGUCAAACUACACCUCUCCCUUACCAUCAAAACAUAUUGAAAGGUGUCUCCCAGGGGCAAUCUUCGACCCAUACGUUCGCUGGAUCGUAUGGGAGGGAAUCCGCCUUUGGUGGCGCGAUGAAGUCGAUUCAUGGAUUUCCUGUCCGGCCACAGGCGAUCCCUAUCCUCAUUCCUCUCAGAACUCUAUUCCGCCUUCUGCGUCAACUAUCAUCAAAGAUCAUUUCCGCUCAGCUGCAUCAUUUGCUCUAUCCCUUCUUCCCGGUCGACUUUCGGAACUGGCCGAGCUUUCUUUUGCGCUUCCUGUGAUUGAAACAGCAAAUUUCGAAGAUCAGACUUUAGCCCUCACUCCAAAGAUUCUUGCAGUCAAGGAAGUUAAUAUGACUUUUCCUUCUUGCCCCUAUCACUGGAUCAGUCCCAUUCAUCAACUCAACUGUGACAUCGUUUGGCCCAGUAAAUACACCGGCCAGCCAAACGAACCAUUGAUAGAACUCGACACUGAUGAGUAUCUGGGAGAAAUUGGAAGGCAAAAGAUUUUGGAGAAAAUGAUGGCUAUGGCGGGUCUGAGGCUAGCGAAGGUAUUAAACGAGGCUUUGGCGGAGGAGGGAGAUAGUGUUCAUGGUGUAUACUUCGGAUAUUCGUGAGGGAUGUGACGUUAUUCAUGUUGUGAAAGCGGUUCAGUAGACAUCACAUUUAAUGAAACUGAUUAUUAUCAGCCAAAUUUCUCCCGCUCUUCGAAUGACAAACUACUUCCCUUGAUAUUAUUGCUGUCGUAUCAGACAUGCCGUUUUUAUCAUCAUUGCCCUCCUCCUACGGCCAAUCGUGCUCGAACAUAAUCUGUCUAUGUCCGUGCCGUGGACGAGCGGUGAACGAUGAUAGUGGAGGUAGCAGAUCAUGAGUAGUAACCCUCAAUAAACGGAUAAUAGUAAACCUCUAUCAUCUGGGAUUGUUAGCAAUCUUAUUCCAGUAACAGUUACCCACGCUACAGUACCGUAUGUGUUAUAUAUUUCUGUCCAACGAACAAAGUAUCUCGGAAGCUGUCGUACGCAGUAGGAGAUGGUUCAGUACCACGGCAUGGCUUGGUGGGGCCGUCAUUUGGAUUACAACAAGUGCAAGACCACUGAUAAUACGUACUCUGGUAUUUAGAUAUAGUGGAUUAGACAAUUGGCUUCCAUAGAUUAGUAUUGUAGAAGGACAUCACGCAGAUGCCAAUUGACGUUGCCUCCACCAUUGCACCAAUAUGUAAACAU